AAGUGACCGUCGGAGCGGCGGGCGGCGGACGACGUUCGUCACUUGGUGCGGGAGGGAGCGCGAGAGCGGCGGUCGAGCCUCCGGUGUCCCAGGCUAGCGGUGAGCAUGGCAGAACAGGAGCCCACUGCUGAGCAGCUUGCCCAAAUAGCGGCCGAGAAUGAGGAAGAUGAGCACUCUGUCAACUACAAGCCCCCAGCCCAGAAGAGCAUCCAGGAGAUCCAGGAAUUGGACAAGGAUGAUGAGAGCCUUCGGAAGUAUAAGGAGGCCCUGCUGGGCCGAGUGGCUGUCUCUGCAGACCCCAAUGUCCCCAACGUCAUUGUGACCCGCCUGACCUUGGUGUGCAGCUCCUCCCCAGGCCCUCUGGAACUGGACCUGACAGGUGAUCUGGAGAGCUUCAAGAAACAGUCAUUUGUGUUGAAGGAAGGUGUGGAAUACCGGAUAAAAAUCUCUUUCCGGGUGAACAGAGAGAUCGUGUCAGGCAUGAAGUACAUCCAGCACACAUACAGGAAAGGGGUCAAAAUUGACAAGACUGACUACAUGGUCGGGAGCUACGGACCCCGGGCUGAGGAGUACGAGUUCCUCACACCCAUGGAGGAGGCCCCCAAAGGCAUGCUGGCACGGGGCAGUUACAACAUCAAGUCCCGCUUCACAGAUGACGACAAGACUGACCACCUGUCCUGGGAGUGGAACCUCACCAUCAAAAAGGAAUGGAAGGACUGAAUUCCAGCUGGGAGGCGGGCAGGGCGACGGACAGACAGAAGGGCCGACAUGUCCCACCCCAAACCCCUACCCACCCCAAACCAAAGUGCUGACAGGACCCUCCCUCACCAUUCCUCCCUGGUCCUCUCAGGCAGGCAGCUCUUCUGUCUGC